CUCGUGUCCUUUUCAAACACAAAAAAAAGCAGCACCCACCAUUUUCUCUCUCCUCUCCGCUCUCAAAUUGCUUUUCGACAGAAAAGAGAGAGAAAGAAAACACAGCAGGAACGAUAAAUACAGUUUCCUCAAACCCUAAUUCUUUCCACAGAUCUAUCAUGGCUGCCCCUAAGCAACGUGAAACCUCUGUUUACAUCGCUAAGCUCGCUGAACAAGCUGAACGUUACGAUGAAAUGGUGGAAUCGAUGAAGAAUGUUGCAAAGUUAGAUGUUGAAUUAACUGUUGAAGAACGAAAUCUGUUAUCAGUUGGGUACAAGAAUGUGAUCGGAGCAAGAAGAGCUUCAUGGAGGAUCUUAUCAUCUAUUGAACAGAAAGAAGAAGGAAAAGGAAAUGAACUGAAUGUCAAAAGGAUCAAGGAAUACAGACAGAAAGUUGAAUCGGAAUUAACUAAAAUAUGUGAUGAUAUCAUGGCUGUUAUUGAUGAACAUCUCAUUCCUUCAUCUGCUGCUGGUGAAUCCACUGUUUUUUACUAUAAGAUGAAAGGAGAUUAUUAUCGUUAUUUGGCUGAGUUUAAGAGUGGUAAUGAUAGGAAGGAAGCUGCUGAUCAAUCAUUGAAAGCGUACGAGCUGGCCUCCACUGCUGCAGAGGCUGAUUUGUCUCCUACACAUCCAAUCCGCCUGGGUUUGGCACUGAACUUCUCAGUUUUCUACUAUGAGAUUAUGAACUCACCUGAAAGAGCCUGCCACCUUGCAAAGCAAGCCUUUGAUGAAGCUAUUUCUGAGCUUGAUACCCUGAGCGAAGAAUCAUACAAAGAUAGCACCUUGAUUAUGCAACUUUUAAGGGACAACCUCACCUUGUGGACUUCUGACAUCCCAGAGGAUGGAGCAGAAGAUGUCAAGAUGGACACCUCUUCUAAAGCUGGUGGAGGUGAAGACGCAGAGUGAAACAAAAGAAGCACUAGCUAGUUCCUGCUUCCAGGAUUCUUAAUAUUUGCUUAAAGCUGUAUUUUGGGAAGUAAUUUUUGCACAUGAUUUGGCAACAGAAAAGGCUUGGAUUACGGUGGAGCUAGUAUUAUAAUUGUAAACCAGAUUUUUCUACAUAGAACAGAAAAUCCCGAUGUUUCUUAUUAUGGUUUUCAUUAAAUGCAUGUGUUGUAUGAGUUUCUUCUUCUUUUUUAGUCUCUGCUUCUGUAACUCUUAUGAGUUGGAUCUUCUGCAUCUCUUUAGUUCUUAAUAAAGUGGAUGUUUGUAACUCUAUUUGCUCAUAAUCACAAGUUCUAUUUCUUUAGA